AGAGUGCUGAUUAAAAUUGUGCUACGUCAACCAGAAACGACUUAAUAUUGAGAAUUCUUUCAUCGGAUCGUAUUACAAUCGAUCGAUACAAUGCAAAAGGUAGAGCAAGCGACUGGAGACAAAAAGAGUUGUCAAGUUGAAUAUCUGGAAACACCCGUCAAAUCGGAGAAUGACAAGAAGGAAUAUAGAGCCAUCAGAUUACCGAACGGUGUAGAAGUUUUGCUAAUAUCCGACGAAAAUUUAAAGACAUGCUCUUCUCAGCAACAAGAUAUGAAAAAUGAAAUGAAGGCAGCAUGUUCCUUAUGUCUCAGAACAGGAAUUUUCAAAGAACCACCAGAAUUUCCAGGCAUAUCAUUUUUCUUCGAGCAUAUCCUUGUGACUGAAUACGAAAAAUAUUGCCAAAAAUAUGAUUUAGAAAAAAUUGCAUAUAAACAUGGAGGCACUUGUACUAGCUUCCUUAAUCUCGGAUGUACAUCGUUUAUCUUUGAUAUUCAAGAGAAACACUUCUUAUCAGUUCUCAUUCCUUUUGCUGAAUUUUUCAUUAACCCUCUACCGGAAAAAGAAGCAUUUAUGCAGAAUCGAGAUGUAAAAAAAGAACUUCGGAAAGCCUUAAAUUUUGCCAAAGACACGGCUCAUGAACCACAACUUUCCUCUUUUACGAGAACUGAUCACCCAAUCAACAAGAUUACUGAGGAACGUAUUCUAAAAGUGCUGGAAAAUUUGAAUUACACGAAAUUAUAUGAAGAGCUACAAAAAUUCACAAAGCGCCAUUAUAGUGCUCGAAGAAUAAAGCUGGUUAUACAGGCAAGAUUACCGCUGAAUACGUUGGAACAAUAUGUCACAAUUGAUACGCGUUUUGUUAAUAUUCCAACUAAUGAAAUAUCUCCCAAUGACUCUACCGAAUUCAAAAAUGAUAUUCCGUUUGAUACCGCCGCUUUUCAAAAAAUGUAUAAAGUUUAUCAUUCGAAACAUUUUAGACAACUAGAAAUAACAUGGAUCAUGCCUUCGCUAUUUCAUUUAUAUAAAAGUAAACCAUAUCGAUAUAUCUCGCGGCUUAUUGAACAUCAAGGAAAGGGUUCCCUAAUUAGUUAUCUACGUAAAAAAAUGUGGAUUAUUCCUUUCAAUGAUGAACUUUGUCACAGUACACAUACUUUCACGUACUGCUUAUUCAAGAUUAUUAUAGAUCUCUCCAAUGAAGGAAAACAACAUAUGAUGGAGGUUCUAGAAGGGAUAUUUUCCUACAUCAAUUUGCUAAAGAAGGAAGGUCCGCAAAAAAGAAUUUACGAUGAGUUUAGUAAGAGUACAGAAAUUAAACUUAGAUAUCUUGAUGAAAAGCAUCCAGCGGAUAAUGUGAAAGAUUUAUGUAUAAAUUUGCAUCUCUAUCCAUCGCGCGAUUAUAUAACUGGAAGCACGCUUUAUUUUGAAUAUGAUCCAGAAGUUAUAACAAAAAUUUUGGAUUAUUUGACGCCAGAGACUGCGAAUAUUACGAUUUUCGGCAAAGACUUUGACAGUCUGGAAUUAGAUAAAGUCGAUUCAUGGUCGAAAGCAUGCUAUACAGACAUUGAGAUAUCACAGAAAUGGAUCGAACACUGGAAAUCCAUCGAGCCAUUGCCAAAUUUUUAUUUACCGAUUGAGAAUGAAUGCUUUGAUAUUGAACGUUUAUUAGAAAUAAUGCCCACAAAAGUUCCAAAAUAUCCUGUAAAAUGGUACAGUGAUAGUGUGUCAGAGCUUUGGUAUCGCCCGGAUCCCAAGUUUGGUUUGCCAAAAUCUUAUAUGUAUAUACAUAUUAUUUCCCACCUAGGACUUCAGUCACCGGAGAAUGCCGCUCUCAUAUCAGUGUACUGCAACAUGAUAAAACGGCUGGUGGAUGAAUCAUGUUCAACUGUACAGACUGGGUACGUCUAUGACAUCGAUGUUAGUGGAAAAGGAAUUAUAAUAAAAAUAUCGGGACCCGUGCCGCUAUUAUUGUUGUUAACUAUAACAAGAUGCAUGAUGAACUGUUCAAACCAAGUUACGAAGAAAAUGUUUGAAAUAAUCAGAGAUCAACAAGUUGAUGCCUAUAACUGCACAUUCAGUAGACCUGAGAAACUCGCUGAGGAUGUGAGAUUAUGGAUACUAAAGUUAGUCCAUUAUACAUACAUUGAUAUGCACAAUGCUCUACAACAUAUCAGUUUUGAAGAUUUCCAAAAUUUUGCAAAAUCUUUUACCAAUCGUCUGUACAUUCAAUUUCUCGCGCAAGGCAAUAUUACGCAGGAUGUUGCGAUCGAAUCUAUGCGACAUUGUGUUAAAACAUUUAAAUGUGAUUCUUUACAUUCUAGUAUGAUGCAACCGAAUAGAGUCUUCCAGAUACCCUUGGGCACAAGUUGUUGCAAGUUAAAAAAUAUCGACAAACUUGAUCCAACUUCCUUUGUGAUAAAUACUUAUCAAGUUGAUCCCACGUCAAUUGAGUCAUCAGUGAUAAUGAAUCUAAUAAUAAUGAUAAUGGACAAUCUAUUUUCACCGAAAUAUGAAUUUGAUGAUCUUAUACGACACUUUUCAGGCGACUUUAUGGAUGUCGAUGGAAUUUUAGAAUAUUCUAUUACCGCUAAAUCAGUGGCAGAUGAAUUAAGCACGACUAAGCGUGUUGAGCAGUGUAUCGAUAGAUUUCUGGCAGAUUUUAAAGACUUUUUGGAUAAAUUCUCAGAAAAUGACUUAGAAGAUGUUAAAGAAAGAUUAAGAAUAUUUAAGCAACAUGCUGAUAUGAAUGUUGGUGAAGAAGUUAAUAGAAACUGGAAUGAGAUCAUGAAGUGCCAAUACAUGUUUGACAGACACGAGAGAGAAAUACUUGUACUAAACGAAAUAAAAAUAAACGAACUAAGAGAAUUCUUUGAAAAGUACACGUGGAACGAAAAUUAUAUGAAAAAAUUGAGUGUACAUGUUAUAGGGACUGAUCCCAAUAAAGUGCAGCCCAUUGCUUUGGAAUAUGUAGUCGACGAACAUCAAUGUAAGAACAUUGACGAAAAUUAUAUUAUUAAUGUAGAAGAAUACAAGAGUAAUCUUUUCGUCUAUCCAGUAACUGAGUAUUAA